CAUGUUUGAAGAACAUAUUGCAGAUGAAAUCUAACCUAUUGAUAAAUAAGAAGUUAGAGUUUAAAUUCCCUAAAAAUCUUGGAUCUCUAUUAUUCAAGAUAAAAUUGUCUCACAAAAUCAUGUUUUUAAAAUUCUCUAACCAUUAUAGAUAAGUCAAUCUGAAAAUAUUGAAAAACAUGAAACCCAUUUAGGUGCAACACCAAGUCAAUCUGACAGAGAUGCUUUCUGUAAAAAAUAAAUAGGAUAAUCUGCCUGUUUUAGAGAAGAUUUUGGAAAAUCCAGGAUGAGUGAUUUAGAUACUUCCUCUAUUCGAUACAGGGUAUCACGUAAUAAACACUCUAUUAGACUUAACCUCAUGAAGUUCAUUUUAGGCUCAAAGUUUUUGUCAAAUAUUUAAUAUUGAGAAUCGUAUUUACCAUUAUUGGACCCUUAAUUCUUGUUUACGGAUUUCUUAACAAAGAUUGGUUAAGUUUUAUGAGCAAUUUCAGAGUCUAUGGUAAUUGGGGUGGAGUAUGGUAUAACUAUUUUCGAUGGAUAACAAACUACAUCCUAAUUAUAACAUUCAUAUAUUACACUGAUGAUGAAGAAAAAAAAAUUAUGCAUUAUGAAAUUGGUUUCUUUACUAUUUUGUACAUGUCUGAGAAUGUUACAUGUGCAAUAAAAUUUGCAUUUUUUCAUCCAUCCAGAUUGGCUCUUAUAGAAAAUUUUGAUAUAUGUGUAGUUGGUGAUUCUUG